CAUACACGCCGGCAGCAGAAAACGCGCGCCCCGGUCGACCGGAGAAAGACCAUCCUGUCGUUGGGCGUGUGUGUUUGGAACCGGCCGGUCCCUGGAUUUAUGGUUCGCACACCCACCGGCAUCGUACCAGUAUGGCCGGAAUAAUCUCGUACGGCAAUCGGAAACGGGCACCGGACUGUUGCAGCCGCCCGAAACAGUUGCGCACCGGCGGCGGCGGCAGUGGCAAACCGAAGAAGGACCGGCAGUCGCGCCGAACACGCGGAACCGCCGGCGGUGCGCGGGCAGCAGGAGCACGGCGACGGCGAAGAAGCGGUGAAAUUGUACGAAGAUUGCCGAAGCAUGCCGAGGCGCGGCUGCGUCUUGAAAGCCGCACCCGAGACGAUGAGCUGGUGGAUGCGCUUUCGAACGCGAAAAAACGGCCACCCAACGGCUUUCGAACUUCCAUUUUGAAACUCGUUGACAGCACGUUUGACGCAGCACUAUGGGAUCGCGCUGGUCGGCCGGCGGACAUAUUUGUGGCAGCAAAUAAACAAGACGUCGUGAAUGGUGCAGCUGGCGACGGCGACGGUGGUGGUAGUGUUGUUGGUGCAAGUAUUAUGUGCGAAAAUAACUCCGGCCCGGGCCAUGGCGCGGGUGGACGCAAGCGGGGCCACCAGCAUCAUCCCCGCUUCGGCGGUACGCGGCAGUCGACCGUUCCGGCCGAGGACGUGAUAGCGGCCCUGCGCGGUGCCUUCGACGGUGGCAGCAACUCGCUGUCCUCGUCGUCACUCUCAUCUUCCGCAUCGUCCCUGAACGUGUCGAUUUCGGGUGGUGGUGGUGGUGGUGUUGGUGGUGGUGACAGAGCAGUGACGGCCAAUGAUGGCAGCAACAACAACAACCCUCUGGCCACCGAGAAGACAACGUCAUUUGCCACUCGGUCCGAUGAUAACGAUGCAGAGCUGUUGGAUGAGUACGAUAUUGGAACAGAAGCAAUAGCAACAACACCAACAGCAGCAGCAGCAGCAGCAGCAAUAGCAACAGCUGACAUUGUAAAUAGUAACAUCGAGAACAGCAGCAUCACAGCCCUCGGGGCGGCACGGUGGAGCGGUGAACCGAGCAAGGAAAACACCCCGGAACCGGAACAGGACCGACUGAACAACAAUCGCAGCAUCAGCAGCAGCAGCAACCGUAGCAGCGUUAGUCCAAAACAUGUGAUACUCUUUGACGAGGCGGCCGGCGAUGCGGACGGGCGGCCCGCCCUGCCAGCAGGGCCACCGUCCCGGACGACCGAGCCGGACGACGAGGAGAGCAUAGAGCUGAAGCUGGACCAGAUUACCAGCGGGAAGGAGCUGGUGCAGCAGAUCAGCAAGAAGCUGAAGCGCAGCAAGCGCAGCCCACAGUCGGACGAUGCCGGCGGAGCACCACCGGCCAGCGGCAAGAAGAAGUCAUCGUCCACCGGCAAGAAAUCCUCAUCGAAGACCAGCAGCAGCAGCGGCGGCACCGGAGCGGACGGGGGGAAGCGGAAAAAAUCGAAAUCAUCGGCAGCGGCGGCGGCGGCGGCAGCGUUGGAGCAGCGGGCAUCGGGGGAUGGCGCGUCGUGCGGCGACCUGGAUGCGGUGAUCGGGGGGCUGCUGGGGGCGGCCGAGUACGGUGGCGGGCUGGCGGGUGACUACAAGGAGCAGCAGCCGAACGACGAGAACGAUCCGGACGUGGCGGAAUGGGCGAAGCUGCGGUGUACGAGCGAGCGGACCGAGGUCAUCGCGGAGCGGGAACACCGAAGGCAGAAGCGCUGCGCCGACUAUCCGGGGCUGGCGUUCGGGCGGUCCAUCUUUAGCUCCGACACGAUGAUGAAGUUCAACAUCAUACGGAAUGAGCUGCACAACAUCAUGAAAACGCAGCUAAAGCGGGCCGAAUCGGAAGUCGCCGCUCUGAACCGUCGCAUUCAGCUGCUGGAGGAGGAUCUCGAACGUUCGGAAGAACGUUUGGCGUCCGCCACCGCUAAGCUGUCAGAGGCUUCGGCCGCUGCCGACGAGAGCGAACGGAUCCGGAAAGCGCUUGAAAAUCGUACAAACAUGGAAGACGAUAGAGUAGGCAUACUGGAGGCACAGCUAGCCCAGGCCAAGCUAAUAGCAGAGGAAGCAGACAAAAAAUACGAAGAGGUGGCCAGAAAACUGGUGCUCAUGGAACAGGACCUCGAGCGCUCGGAGGAGAAGGUCGAGAUGAACGAAAGCAAGAUCGUCGAGCUUGAGGAGGAGCUGCGCGUGGUCGGUAACAACCUGAAGUCGCUGGAAGUCUCGGAAGAAAAGGCUAACCAACGCGAGGAGGAGUACAAGAACCAGAUCAAGACCCUCACCACCCGUCUAAAGGAGGCUGAGGCCCGCGCUGAAUUCGCUGAACGUUCCGUUCAGAAGCUGCAGAAGGAGGUCGACAGACUCGAAGACGAUUUGACGGUCGAGCGUGCCAAGAACAAAAUGCUUCAGGAGGAGAUGGAAGCGACCCUGCACGACAUACAGAACAUGUAGAUCAGAGGCGUAUCAGAGGCGGCUCUGGCCUUCUUGCACACUGGCAAAUGCGGCUAGUAGUGGUUGUGCGCUGCCUGGAGAAACAGAAAGAAAGAGAGAGAGCGAGAGAGGAAAGGUAGUUUGAAUCGAAGGCGACGUAAGGCGUUUGGAGCAGUGAGCAUAAUUAUUUGAAGAAAGCAGAAAAGACAGAGAGAUAGUGUGAGAGAUAGUGAGAGAAGAGAGAGUCGGGAUAUUUACCGAUGAUCGCUAAACCGGAAAACCGUACUCUUGGGGGAUCAACAACUAUGUAUUUGGCACGUCGGAAAAAUGCAAUGCGUGUUGUGCAUAUCGAUGUGUGUCUGCCAAUGUUCACCAUCACACAGGAAUCGAAAAACGCAACAACAACAAAAACAUAAGCAAACCACACGCACGGCACGGCACGAAUCAAUUAUACCACCACCUUCCACAAGAACACAUCGCAUUUGUGUGGCACCCCACGCUACCGCGCAAUUCAUUGGUAGAGAUUGAAGCCGAUCGGCUGAUGGCGGAGAUUGAAACAGGAAGGAAUUAGGAAUGCUAAAUGCUAGAAGUAGUAGUAGUAGUAGUAGAAGCACAAUAACAGAAAACAUACAAAUUAUUUGUUUGAAAUCAAAAAGUGCAACAACAAGUGUAGGAAAUAGGUCGAAAGUGGUAUAAAAAUAGGCAAUCGUUAAAUUCAAACAAACACGCACGUACAUACAUUUGAAAAAGUGUCCAAUGCAAUUGUACAAAAAAAAAGAAGCAUCAAUUUCAAUCUGUUUAUAGAACCAUUGGCAAUCGUGUUGUGUCAGAAAAAGCAGUUUUUUGUAGAACGCCGUCACGUCCAUGUGCGUGUGGGUUCGCGUGUACUUCCCCCACUUAUCAUUCAUUCCCCCGAUAUCUUGUUUUAAGUUUUGUUUUUGUUGCAUUUUAGCGAAAUGGUUCGACGCAUAUACGCGGUUACAGAGAGACAUACAUACACACACACUUACUCUGUGCCACAGCGUACGUCAAUGUAAUGAUAGGAGCAAUAGAGAAUCCCCCCAUUUUUUUAAAUGUUAGAUAGCAUAAACUCGCGAUCGUAUUUAAAACCGUCUCGUCAUAGAAAAGUUUUCCGGUUCGAAAACCAUUCCCCCCGCGGUGUGUUGAUUGAAGUAGUAUGGAACUUGAUGCAUUUUUUUUAGUGGCGUGCUGCUUUCUUCUUUUAAAUUGCACGAAGCGAGAUCGAUGAAAACAUUCCAACGGUUUAAGUGCAUUCCGGAAUAAAGUAAGUGUUUUGAAACCAUUUUUUUUUUUAAAUAGCACCGUUUUGAAACAUGAUUGUGUGGUGUCGUACGCUUAAACGAACGGGGGGAGGAAACUUUGCCGAAACCGUUGAAGAAAAGGUAGCGUUUUAUGUACACUCCGACAUUGCAAGGAGUGUAUCCCGUUUUUAGUUUGGGUUUUAUUCACUUCCGGCGAAGAAUGUAGUCUUUCGUUUGAUUCACUUUUCACGUAACCGUAUAUCAUCUGUAUGGAAGGAAGUUGACUCUCAUCAUCGUGUGGUGUCUUUUAACGUCGAAUUGGUGUGAAGACGCAAACGGACACACAGGGAGAAGUCGUUCAUUUUUUUGUUGUAAUUCCCACAUCCGCACCAUCGUACAGUGUGUGUGUGCGUGUUGUGUAUUAACGAGCAAGCAACAACAGGCAACGUUCAUCAACGUUGGUUGAUUUCAUUCACCCUUAACCGCGUCUUGUUUGUAAUGUUAUUCUAGCUUAUACGAACCAUCAAACCCUAACAGUACCGUUUGAGCCACCAACGUCCAACGUGCGCGCACGAAAGCGGAAAGAUCUCGCGGAAAUGCACACUAGAGUUAAACCGUCGCGUCCCAGCAAGGGAAGUCGUCGACGUUAUUCGCGUUUUGCAUGUUUGGAGUGCGUCCGCCAGUGGUGGUGGUCUCGCCGGUAGCGAUCGUCCGAAGCGCUACCUAUGGACCAUCCUACCGGGAAUAGAGAAGGACAGAAGAGAUGAAUUAAGGCGCAACUAAGGCACAAACAACCAACACUUUUAUUAUGAACACUCGCGAACGAAACGAUGAAACAAGCCACAAGCGGCGCGAGCGCGAUGUUAGGAUGUUAGGUUUCCUGUUUUUGAGAGCAAAAUUGAUCGCUUGUUGAGCGUGAAAAGUGGGGGUUGUGUGAGGAGGAGCAUGACGAAACUACCGCCCCCGUCUCCGGCAGAGACAAUAUUCCAGGAAUGUGCGCAAUGCCACAGCAAAAGACCGUUAAAACGUGCCUUUAGGAGUUUCAAUUUUCUUAUACUUCAAUGCUAGUUUAGAUCAUAAGCUUACGGAACACAGGAAGAGAUGUGAAUGUGUAUGUGUGUGUGUUUGUGAAUGUAUUAUUUUUUCGAUCGAUUGUUGUUGAUUGUAAGACGAACUUCCCGCGGGAGCAUAAAAUCAACUGAACUCCUCGUCUAAACACACAUACACACGCCAAUCGUCGCUCGAGGCACACGAACACCGAGUUACACAUCUGCAGAAUAAAGACACAACACACACAGACACCCAAACACACAUAUAUGCAAUCAAACACCACAUUCACAUUCACACACAUACACACGAGUGGAACGCCGCAGGUGUGUCCAAUGUGUGGGAGAAACAAAACAAAAAAAUCGAGAGAACCCUUUAUUGUAUUUGAGUGUUUAUAAUAUAUUAUUUUAUCGUAAAUCGAGAAAACAAA